ACACCUGCAAGUAAAAUAUAAGGAAUUGAAGACAAACAAAAACCAAGGAGGUAAUGAAGAAGACAACCAACUUCUUUCCCGGAAAGACUAUGGUGUCUUUCAGGAAGGGUCCAUCAGGUCAUCUGCGGCAGGAUCCCUCUGACGAGGCCAUGGGGAUCAAAAAGAACCCUUCUCUUCAGGACAAGUCUCCCCCUCAGAGACAUGACCUUGUGAAGACCAAUGCUCUCACUGUGGUCUUUGAGCGGGGAGGGGAUGUGUCUGACCGACUGGAGGUGAUGGGGGAGUAUGUGCUGCAGUUUGGCAAGUACAAGGGUAAAUUGUUUAGGUGGCUCCUGGAAAACGAUGUUGGCUACACCAUCUACCGGAUGAAAAAGGUAGAGGAGGAGGAGAGAGAUGGGACCUUCAACCCUCAGGGACACAAAAAGGAUAGCCUGCUGUCAUUUCUGGACUAUGCCAGGAGCUUCCAGGAAAUUAGGGACCUCAGUGAGUAUCUAGCUUCCAGGCUGCCUGCGCCACCAGUGGCAUCAGAGGGUGACAAUACUGUCGGCUUUGGAGCCAGGGCAAAGGACCCCUGGAGGCAGAUCUGGGAGAGCAGGGCAGAUGGAUAUGCUGCCUUCAUCGUAGGAGUAAAGUGCAUCAAAAACAGCAAGAUGUACAACCUGCAGCAGUACAUCCUCAAGCAGCAGAGGGCUGACUGCCCCUACACCACCUACAUCUAG